UAUUAACGUAUAAUAAGUAUAUAUAACGUCACUUGAAAAUUUAAUACGAGUUUAGUGUCGCCCUUGACUCGCGUAGUAGGGCCAGGAUGUCGCUGUACAGCAAAUACUUCCGGCUUGUUCGAGAGAAGUAGAUUUUACGCAGUCAGAUGGCAAAUAGACGGCGAAAUAUAUACGGAUUGCGGUUGGGAAUCUCGUAGCGUUUCUCGAUGUACAUGAAGAAUUCACGAACGAGCGAGCGAUUCAUACGUUCUCAUUUUCAUAGGAAAUGUUCCAUUUCUUAUGCACCACAUACAACGUGUGAACAUUUAUUUACCAUAAAACGGAUUUAAUUUUUAACGAAUGUGAGUGUGGCUUUCCUAUUUUCCAACAAAAAAAAAAAGAUUAAAAAAAAAAGGCAAAAUGUACGAAAAAGAAAGAAAACGACGGAGGAUAUCGGAAUAGUAAUAAUUUCCAUCGAAAAGUCCCGAGGGAAUAUUAAAGGGGCCGUGUAAUUGAUCGUCAUUAAAUGAUAAGUCCGAUUUGCGAGGUGAAUAACGUCGAGACUAGUGACGUAAUCGUAUAUAUGUAUAAAUCUCGAUCUCUCUAUACAAGGCUCGAAAAAGACAGCGCGUAUACAAAGUGCCGAUCGAAUCUCAAGAAAGGAAAGAUUAAAUCGGAGAGAGAGUUGAUUAAAAAAAAAGUGCUAAAAAAGGGGGAAAAAGUGUCAGUAAUUUCGUAGACACCCGGGAGGGCACGGUUUCUCGUGUUACGUAAAUAGAACGAGCUGCGUUGUCGCGAGGGGCGCGGGGCGAGACGGGCGAGCCGUUAUUGGUCGCGCGGUGGACGCGGCGCUCCGAUUGGCCGGUCGCGCGGGCGGGGCGGGACGCGUGCGCGGUGACGGCUGCGCGGCGGCUAUUCGGGUUUCGCUAGUCCGCCGAGUGAGAGGAACCGUUCGUUUUCAAGGAAGGAGCCGCAUUUUAACGGGCGACCGUCCCGAUUUCCGCCUCGCGCGUCAGCCUUCCUGACGGGCGAGCCCGAUUACCACUGUAAUUACGUAAUCGUCGUCCUACGUAGGGCGCAGCCCAGGGGAUUCUCGCUCGAUCCGCGUCAUACGUCACGUUUCACACGCCUCGAUGAGGAUCGCGAUAGUACCAUAUGUCACGAGCGAGGGACCGAGGGAUUUGUAAAAAAAAAGGCGAAUCGCACGCAAUUAAAUCGAGAUUCCCUUCCAAAAUAUAGGCCAAAAGGCCGAGUUUCGUUUCGAGCUGUCCGUCCCUCGGUUAGAUUCGUGCGAGUCCUCUAUAAGCGCGAUGAACGUACGCCUGGUCCCGAAGAUGCUCUGAAAUAUCUCAAAUCUCAGCAAAAUGCCACGUAUAGAUCCCCUAUCCUUACUUAAAUGCCUUAGCGUUUUAUUGGGUCCAACAGGAGGCAUUAAGAGUAAAGAGGAAGUUCAUCGCUUAGCUAAUUUAAUGACAAAGUUUUCUAAGAAACUCGUCUCGAAAUGCAUUUAUAUACAGAUAUUGAAAACUACUAAUACGGAUUUGCUUAGUCAAUUUAUGAGUGCUGGAGGAUGGAAUCUUAUUCACACGUGGCUCACUGAUGGCAUUCUUGCUAAGAAUUGGGCCCUUAUUCAAGAACUUCUGGAACUUUUGUUACUUUGCCCAGUAGACAUUGAGCGAUUGAAGAGUAACAAUUGUCCAAAGCUGAUUAAAGGCCUGUCAAAAGAGGGCAGCCAUCAAGGUGUACGAACGUUGGCCACUCGACUCGUGGAACAGUGGCUGAAAAUUGUGAAAGGAGAAGCGGCGCCGAAUUCGGUGCCAGCUCAAAUCAUGACGGUUUCAGUGCAAUCGAACGCUAUUACGGGACAAAUUGCUGUUGUUCCUUCGUCGCAGCAGCAACAUUACUUGUUAAAUUCUCAACAAACUCUCGACAUUGUGGAAAAUGCAACUGUUCACGUUCAAGACUUCAAGCUUGCGCAAUCAUCCACCGCGAAUACUCCAGCCAAUCAAGUCCAGCAAGAUCAAGAGAAGCAACAACAGGAGAGGUUGCAAUCGCAAGCGGUGCAAGUUGUUGGCAAGGGUCAGCAAGCGACCCAGCAACAAAGUAAAAAGCAAUCAUUUGUUGUUGUAACAACGUCUUCACAAUCAUCAGCUCCCGUUUACAAGAUUACCAUUCGUGAUGGUAAUCAGGUCCUCGCGAAAGUGGAGACAGACGUUACAAAUAUAAAUAGUGUUUUAAGCAAAUCUGGUACAAAUACAGAAGUAGUUAUAAAUACUGUGGACGCUACGCUUCCUGCUUUACAGGAAGCGAAGCAGGAAACGGACGAGGUAGAGGAGACUGGACAAAGUGGCAGUGCGACGAGUGGUCAAGAUGAAACGGUAGACGUUGAACAAUCAGACAAUUUGGGACAUGUUUCUGGUGAUGUGAAACAGACCGUAGGCAGUUCUAAGGACAAUCAGGAUAUCGAAGGUGCUAAAAGUAAAGAUAAUAAAGACGCUAUUAUUGUUAAUAGUGAUAGCAGUAAGUCUAGUGACAAGGAAAAUAGGGACUCUCAUAAGAAGGAUGAUAAAAAAUCCAGUUCCGAUAAGAAGAGCAGCACUCAUCACAGUUCGUCUUCGUCAUCCAAGAGUUCUUCUAAGCACAGCGCGAGUUCCAGUACCCAUCGCAGCAGCUCGACGUCCCACAGAUCAAGUCAUCGCUCCAGUAGCAAUAGUUCCAAAGCCUCCAACUCCAACAAAGACAAGUCUUCCAAGGACAAGCAUCACUCUGGCUCGUCCAGCAAGCAUAGUUCGAGCAAUAAAAGUAAAUCCGAGCGUGACAAGGAACGGGAGAAGGAGAGGCAGAAGAAGGAUCAGGCGGAAAAGGAUAAGGCGACUUUGGAGAAAGUCCAAGGCCAAGCAUUGAGCUCCAAGCUGGGCAAAAUACCGAAGAAACGAAUGGAGGACGACGCGAACGGGAGAAAGUCCUCGACCGAGUCGCGAGAUGGUACGAAGGAAAAUAAAGAGAAAAUAGAUAGUAAAAAAGAUACUGUUACAAAGCUCACUACUGAGAAGAAGAAUAUAUCCAUCUCCAUUGAAAAUAGGAAAAACAGCCAGGACUCUGGAACACGGCCGAAAACGGUGAAGACGUUUAAUUCCAAGUUUAGAUCCACGGGGCUGGAAGAAGAGGUAAAACCACCGCCGCCGAGAUCGAAGAAGCCAAAUCCUGCGGUCGACAAGAAGGUUUUGCCCCCGAAAUUUCCGCUCAAGAGGCCAUCGCCUUUAAGAGAAACCAUUCCACUGGUGGAAAAACGGGUGAAGCUAUCCCUGGACUCGCCAACAACGCCACCAGGCGACGAGAAGAAGGGAGGCAUUAAACUGAUCCCACCAAAACCCAAACCGAUGAUGCUACAGGAGAGCGAUAUGUUCAUGGAUGCUCUCACCGCGUCUACCAAGAGCAAAGAACCGAGGAAACGCAAGCGUAGGACUUCUAUCACGAAGGACGGGUCGUCGGAAGCUAAGAAGCAAGAGACCGCUAACGCUGAUAAUCGCGAGAGCACACCACCUUCCUCGCCCACGAAUGUCGAAGAGAAAUCGCCAAUUGCCCUCAAACCUAAUUUCAAGUUCUAUCAAGAUACAUUGGAAAUAGAAGAAGACAAAGAUCAAAGAGAGAGAGAAAACAGCGAAGAAGACUCGAAGAAAGAUAAAGAUCAAGCGCUUGAGGACGAGAAGGAUAGCAGGGACGAAGAUGAUAUCAGAAGUAAUACACCAACACCCGAAGAAGAUGUGGAAGAUACAAAAGAUUCGGAAUCGCCAGAAGAUACGUCUUCCAUAAUUUCGAACUCGUUGAAGAAGGACGAUACUAGUCCUUAUCCCGAAAUACGAUAUGUAGAUGGACUUAAAAGUGUUUUGCUGCUUCAAAAACGUAAAGGACCGAAGAAAGUUUUGAAGUGGAAGACAGAGAUAGAAUCCAUACGUUACUUUGAAUUGGACGAAACGGAAAGAGUUAAUGUAACAAAAACAUUUACCGAUAUGAAACAAAUGGAAAAACAAAAUGAAAGAGAGGCAUUCCAAAUGGCCAGAAAAUUAAAUAACGAGGAUUUAAUGGAGGAGAGAACAAGGUGGAAGCCUCUAAUUCCUAUUGAUCAACCGCCUCCAUUAGUAGAGCCUGGCAAGGAUAGUAAAGAGAAGGAUAUUCAAUAUGCGCGCGAGAAGGGUAUUCUUCAAGCGCUUUACUUUAAUCGAAGCAUGAUCCCAGACUCCGCGGCUGAACCCGAUGAAGAACGGCAUCAUGUGAUGACCGAUCCUAAAAUAAUACCGUUGGACGAUCUCACGGGCAAUAAGGAAAGCGAAAAGGACUUUACAUCGGUGCCAUGGCCGGAACCCAAGCCACAACUGGCACCGCAACCGCCGACCGUGACAACGUUCCAUUAUCCCACGACGUUCUCGCACAAUCAGCAAACCAUGAUGACGCCUAUGGGACCUCAAUCGACGAUGGGUCAGAUGCCACAGAUGCCUCAGCAGAUGAUGCCCCCAUCGCACAUAGCUCCAAUGGCUCAGGAGCUUCCGGGACCAACGAUACCGGGCGGCGGCGGUGGUGGUUGGAGAACGGGCGAUGGCAAGGUUCUCGUGCCAGACGUUGGGAUGAACCCGAUGGGGAACAUACCGGGUAGUUUCAAUCAGGGAAUGGAGGGCGGCCCGAUGGUCCCACCGGGAAUGAUGGGACCACCGCCAAUGUACAAUCAACAGCAGGAGGGCUACGGUAUGAUGUGUCCGGAAGAUAUGGGAUUCAGCAACAUGAAUCCCAAUUUCCAAGGGCCACCUGGACCGAUGUAUGGUCCAGGACCUAAUCCCUUCCCAGGUCCAAGAGGAGCCCCCAUGCACAACAGAGGUAGAGGAGGCCCCGGUUGGGGAUAUCGUGGAGCUGGACCCCCGAGAGGCGGUUGGCGUGGCGGUGGUGGUGGCUGGCGAGGAAACGGUAAGCAGCCACCGGUGUGUAGGCAGUUUUCGAAAAACGGUUAUUGUCGAAUCGGUGACAAGUGUCAGUAUCUUCAUCCUGGCGUGAACUGUCCGCCCUUUUAAAAGUGAUUGAGAACGAUAUUUAUUAAGUAAUUGAAUCCAUCAUUGGUACGCAAUUAGAAAAGUGUCUUCGAUUAGGAUAGGUGUGUCCGCAAGGGAGGAAAAAAUUAGAAGAAACGAAUGGGAUCGACGUCAGGGUUGCAAUGAUAAACUGUUAUUAUUCUAACGAUCUUCCCAUUCGAUGACGAUUCGCUUGGAAAGCAGAUGCAACAAGGAAUGCGCCGACCUGUAAAAAAAAAAGUAUCUAAAUGUGCAAUUUUUAUUUUCUACUUUUUUUUUGUAAGAGCCAAUUGCAUGAAUAUAUUAAUUAAUAAGAGAAUUUCUCUAUUUAAUAAUACUCGAUGCGCUUGAAGAUGGUUUUGUAAAUAUAAUGGCAUUUCUCCCCUCAGCAUAAGUAUUUUACACAGACUCUCGCAGCAUUCGAGUACUGUCAAUAUCCAUAAUAUUUCAGGUAUUAUCCAAAUAUCUAUUUCAAAUAAUAUUACAUAAUUUUAUUUUGUUAUCUGAAAAUAAGUAGAGCGAAAAGCACAGAUAUUUUCCAAUUAGACAGGCAGAAUUUUUAAUGUGUAAAUACGCAUAUUAAUAUUACAUUUUAAAUAGACUAGUAUUCACAAUUUGGAAAAAAUGGAUGAAGAGCCAGUAUGGUUUAUAUUGACAGUACUAUGCGAUAUCAUCACUUAUAAAUGCAUUGUAAUAUGAAAUAUGACCAUGCUAGGUUCGGCUGCUGGACAGCGGAACAUUUCUAGCUAACAUCUCGAAAAUAUAGAGAUAUCUUUCUACUAUAAUUUAAUUUUUGAUUUUCAAUUUAGUUACAAUGACCUCCACACUUGUAAUGCAUACAAGAUUUUCUUUUUGUUUGUAUUUUCCACAUUUACAUGGCCACUGCCGAAAUUAUGGUUCUAUAUAUUUUUCUUAGGAGUCCUGUGACUGGAAGAGAAAUCACAGAAAGAUGAAACUAUGUGAUUGCGCUAAGCAUCACACAUAUCCUUGGAACUGCAUUGUCUAGUAUCGCUAUUACUUUGCGUUUCGAACAAUAAAAUUCUGAAAUGUAGAGAGAUAUUCAUGAUAAUAUUCGAUAUAACGCAGCAUAAUGAAACACCAAAAAAAGGUUUCAAUAGGAUAAUCUCAUACUUUUCAUAAUUAUAAUUUCUGUGUGUGAAUUAUACUUGUAAAUAUGUUUGCAUAAUAUGUAAAAAACAAUAAUUCUAAUAACGACAGACUGUUAGGCUUAGUCGAUACGCAAUGCUAGAGAUGAGGACGAUAGUAUUUAAUAGAAAUCAUAUA